AGCUAGAGCUGGAUCCAGUUUGAAGCUCAGUCAACUACCCUCUCCCUAGAAGAAAUUAAAGCGCACAGCAGCAUCGACAACAACAACAAAAACAACGUGAGACAAAUUCUUGCAAACUUUAUCUGACCGGUAAAAUCAGUCGUGUCGCCAUGGUGAAAGGGGACGUUAACAAGCCAAAGGGCAAGACGUCAGCCUACGCCUUCUUCGUCCAGACCUGCCGUGAAGAACACAAGAGGAAACACCCCGAGCAGUCGGUCAACUUCUCAGAGUUCUCCAAGCAGUGUUCCGAGAGAUGGAGGGCUCUGACUGCGAAUGAUAAGCGUCGUUUUGAGGAUAUGGCGAAGAACGACAAGGUGCGUUAUGAGAGGGACAUGAGGGGGUACGUCCCCCCCAAGGGGAUGGCCAAGAGUGGUAGGAAGAAGAAGGACCCCAACGCUCCCAAACGACCCCCGUCUGCCUUCUUUGUGUUCUCUGCAGAGUUCCGUCCUACGGUCAAACAGGAGUUCCCAGGCUGUUCUAUAGGAGAAUGUGCUAAGAAGCUGGGGAUCAUGUGGGGUCAACAGACUCCAGCCCAGAAACAGCCGUUUGAAGAGAAGGCUCUCCGACUGAGGGAGAAAUACGACAAGGACAUGGCUGCAUACCGCUCCGGUGCGAACGUUAAGCGGGCGCCGAUGCGACCCGGUCCCGGUGGCUCGUCAGGUAUGAUGCCCCACGCCGCGGCUGGUGGCGGAGACGAUGACGAUGAUGACGAUGAUGAUGACCUGGAGGAUGAUGAUGAUGAGGAUGAUGAGUAGUGUUGUGUUCCAGCCUGUUGGAUCGGUGCGUUUGUUUUGCCUCGCACCGGGUUGGUUUAGUUUUCACAUUUGAGACCAUUCCAUUGGUCCUAAAGUGGAAACUCCGCCCACCCGGGGUCACGGCAAGCUAAAACAAACAAACCCAGUUCCACCGGAAUCCUAACGGGCCAGAGAUUGGCUGAAAGGUGUGUGUGCCUGUCAGUGACCCUGGAGGGCUGACCCUAGGUCAGGGGUCAAAGGUUAGUUAGAGCUGGGCUGGACCAGACACAACCUAAUAGGGGACUUAUAUUAUCACGUGGAACUGAUUUAGUCAUCUUAAACAUCUGUAACCAUGGUAACAGUUGCUGUGGGCCAACAUGUCCAAUAGCAGAACUCUGUUGAGGAUGGAUAGAUCUGAAUGAUGUUGCUGUUCCCUGGGUUGUGUUUGGUCUAGUGGUGUUCAGCCUCUAGAAUAUUAUCACUUGUUGUAACGGCCCGUUUUAAAACACACUGUUCUGUUUUAUUUUUUUAAUUGAAAAAUGUGUCCUGAAACCAUAUGUAGAAACUGACUUUUAUAAUAACAUUUUUAUGAUUCUGAAAAUGAA